AUGGGUACAGUGAUCCCUGCCCCACUGACCUGCGGUGUUGUGGAGCUUAAUGAAAUCAAGGGUGUGAAUUGCCUGGGAGUGUUCUCUUUUUUCAUUCUCUGUGCCCCCAAGCCACAGUGGGAGCAUCAGGAAGAACUCAGGUUUUUCCAAUUUCCAACUUGCUGGGAGUCAACAGAGAAGACAAAGCACAAACUGGACUCAGCAGUAUGUCCACGACAGUGGGAGCCCAAGGACCCUCGUACACAGUCCAUUCCUGGGGCCCUGAGCCUUGGGUGGCAAUUCCAGUUGUUCUUCCUCAAAAUUGGGAAGGCAACACUCUUGUGGGAAGAGCACUGGAUCAGGAGUCAAGAGAUGGGGGUUCCAGCCCUGGCUCUGCCACAAGUGGGGUGUGAGAGUUUGUAG